UUCUACCAAUUUUCUUACUCAUCGGGUAUUUUUAAACAUUUUCUAAUAGUUUAGGGGUAUUUUGAACCAUUUUCCGAAGUUUAAAUUGGAAAAGAAACUGUUUCUAAGCCUUGCUCCUUCAUCUGGUAUUUCUAUAAAUUUAAAGGGUCUUUGAGCUGUUACAAGUAUAUUUUUUUGGAGCUUGCUGAUUUUUCUCUGCUGAUGUUGUCUGAGCUUCAUCCUCUGCUUCUAAGCUUUAUUUGGUUAUUCCAUGUCGGUGAAUUCAUCUCUAGCUGAGUGUUUGUUUAGCAGCAAUUAGCGACAUGGCUACCUCUUUCAGGGAGGAAAAAGACACAUUUGGUCCCGUUCUCGUUCCAUCGGACAAGUUAUGGGGGGCACAAACUCAAAGAUCAUUGGAGAAUUUUGAUAUUGGGGGUGAGCGUGAAAGAAUGCCUGAGCCAAUCAUACGUGCAUUUGGUAUUCUCAAAAAGUGUGCUGCCAAGGUAAACAUGGAAUAUGGCCUUGACCCAUGUAUUGGAAAAGCAAUAAUGCAAGCUGCUGAAGAGGUUGCAGGAGGAAAGUUGAAUGAGCACUUCCCUUUGGUGGUUUGGCAAACUGGUAGUGGCACUCAAAGUAACAUGAACGCUAACGAGGUUAUUGCAAACCGAGCAGCUGAAAUACUUGGCCAUAAGCGCGGUGACAAGCACGUGCAUCCAAAUGACCAUGUUAAUAGAUGGCAAUCUUCAAAUGAUACCUUUCCUACGGUGAUGCAUAUUGCUGCGGCGAUGGAGCUAAAUAAAAGAUUAGUACCAAACCUGAAACAGUUGCAUACUUCACUACAUUCAAAGUCAGUCGAAUUCAAGGACAUUAUUAAGAUUGGGCGAACCCACACACAAGAUGCAACCCCUUUGACUCUUGGACAAGAGUUUAGCGGGUAUGCUACUCAAGUGAAAUAUGGAAUUGAGCGAGUCUUGUGCACCCUUCCACACAUGUAUCAGCUGGCACAAGGAGGCACAACAGUGGGGGCAGGACUGAAUACAAAGAAAGGGUUUGACAUUAAAAUUGCUGCAGCAGUGGCAGAGGAAACGAACUUGCCAUUUGUAACAGCUGAAAACAAGUUUGAAGCACUGGCUGCUCAUGAUGCAUUUGUUGAAACCAGUGGAGCUGUAAAUACAGUAGCUGCUUCCCUCAUGAAGGUUGGGAAUGAUAUACGCUUCUUGGGAAGUGGUCCCCGCUGUGGUCUCGGGGAGCUCAUUCUUCCUGAAAAUGAACCUGGAAGCAGUAUGAUGCCGGGCAAGGUGAAUCCUACUCAGUGUGAGGCUCUCACGAUGGUCUGUGCUCAGGUUAUGGGGAAUCAUGUGGCUGUCACAAUUGGUGGAUCAAAUGGCCAUUUUGAGCUGAAUGUUUUCAAGCCUAUGAUUGCUAAUGCCCUUCUACAUUCAAUAAGAUUGCUAGGGGAUGCAUCUGCUUCUUUUGCAAACAACUGUGUGAAUGGUAUUCAAGCUAACAGAGAGAGGAUUGCUAAAUCGUUGCACGAGUCGCUCAUGCUCGUCACAUGUUUGAACCCAAAAAUUGGUUACGAUAAUGCUGCUGCAGUUGCCAAGAAAGCCCACAAGGAGGGAACCAGUUUGAAAGAUGCUGCUCUCAAUCUAGGAGUCCUCAAAUCUGAAGAGUUUGAUCAACUUGUAGUUCCUGAGAAAAUGAUUGCUCCAACUGACUGAUUAGUUCUAUCAAAUGGCUCUAGGUGCACCAUAUUAAUUAGUAACUGUUUUCCUCCAUCAGAUUUAACGCACUUCUUGAGGUUUUCUCAUUCCUUGCAAUUUAUCACCACUUGACUGGGGGAAUGCCUCCAUUUUUUGUAAUGAGACCCUGAGCUAUUGAUCUCUCAUUACUGAUGAGUUCCUUCCGUUACAUUAAUAUUUACAUCAAUCAUACAAUUUGCAUUUGAUAAAGAA